GAUAGUUUUAUGAUCAUUAUGCGGGGUGUAGUUUUAGUUUUUAAAUAGAAAUUUACCAAAACGUGAUAUUUUUAUUUAUUUUGGAGUUUUUGGCACGUGAUCACAAGGUCCAUUACGCGGAAGAGUCUCGAGGAUCGUAUUAUUAUCAUUAAAGCCCCAAAACUAGAUUUAAUGUACAGUAGUGAGUUGUUGUUAUUCCUCUCUUUUACUUGAAAAUAGACAAAAAGUAGUUACUCAAUUAAAAGCAGCAGAGUUUGACAUUAAAGAUCCAAAAUGUCGUCGGAGGAAUUUGAGAAGCUGCAUGAAAUCUACAGAUCUCUUUAUGAAGAGCUGAAGCUGAUGCCAGAAAAGGCUCUCAAGUGCCAUGGAGAGGAGAGGAAGAGGCUGGUGAGACGCUUUGAUGAGAGGCAAGGGGAGGCAGAUGAAAUGUUACAAGGAAUGGAAGAAGAGCUUCAGACGGCCCCCUCCGCUUACCGAAAUGCUAUGAAUACAAAGCUGCGCAUGUACCGCAGGGACCUGAGCAAGCUGCAGAGGGAUAUUAAAAUCUCAACUUCAGGUUUUGGCUCUUCCCCCCAGGCAAUGGAAGGAAGUCAUCAUGGCCUCUAUUCAUCAGAAAACCAACACAGUACACACUUGCAGUCCCAGAGAAGCUUGCUACUCCAAGGCACAGAGUCUCUGAACAACGCCAGCCAGAGUAUUGAACGGAGUCAGCGCAUCGCGGCUGAGACGGAGCACAUUGGCACAGAUAUCAUCGAGGAGCUGGGAGAGCAGAGGGAGCAGCUGGACCGCACCAGAAACAGAUUGGUGGAUACUGGAGAGAACCUCAGUCGAAGUCGAAAAAUCCUUCGUGCCAUGUCACGGCGGCUUGUGACGAACAAGUUGCUGUUAGGUGUCAUUAUUUUAAUGGAACUGGCUAUUCUGGGUGCUGUGGUUUACCUGAAGUUCUUCCGGCGAUGAGCAAACUAUACCAUCUAAAAAAAACAAAAAAACAGUCUUAAACCCUGGAUCCAGGCUCAUCCCGACUCUCUACACCUGUUUUCACUGAUGAUCCAGUAGCAAUAAUGCUGUUCUGCUGAAUUCAACCAGCUGUGAGUGCAAAUACAGUAAGAUGGUUCAGUCUUAAAGUGAACCUUAACUGAGGCGGGAAUUUUACUCUAUAUGAGCUAAUAGGUGACGAUCAUUUAAUAUGAAUGACACAUUUUUUUUAAGCUGUUAAUGGACCAAGCCCACAGGAGCUCCAUGGAAGAACUGAGAUUUGCACUGUUUUAUCUGACUGUUAAUACCUGCAGAGGGAUUUUUUGACAUGUGUGCCAGCUGCUUCAGAUCCCAGAGAGGAAUUUCAUUAAGGUUUUAUUUGAGCCAUCUAGUUACUGAAAUGUUAGAGAUAUACUUCGAAUCUGCAGUUUUGGAGUAUUAUAAAUUGUCAGAUUGGGACACUUUAUUAUUAGUAUUCAACACAAUGGUAUUGUUGUUACCUUUGUAAAACUAAACUAUAGUACGUGAUGAAACGGCUCCAAUUGAAUUUUAAUUUUUGUAGUUUGUUCAUGCCCAGUAUCCAAAUAGUUGUAUUGAGUUAAUUUUUUCACUUCAGUUCUGCGGACUGAGAUCUGAAGCCAAAUUUGUCUGUCAGACCUGUGAAUGUGAAAAAUUGAUAGAAACUCUUCUUACAGAUGCAAUGUUCUCCAUAGUUAAUAAAGUUGUCUAAUCACUGUAUAGUACAAAAACAACUGUUAUAAAUAGGCUCUGUUUUUUUUCUCAAUGACCACCUGCACAUUAUUAAAGCUAAUCUUU